GCCGCCGUCCAGCCGCGGUGGGAGACUCCGGAGGCGGUGAGCGACCUGUGAGGCGACCGCCACAGCCGCGCUCCGCUCGGUUUAAUCGCAGCUCCGAACCAUUCCAGUCCAUCGCCGCCGCCCUGCCCGCUUUUAUUUAAGCCUGGCAGGCAUCGCCUCUCUCGAUUGGGCAGCACGUUGAAGAAUGUCGACCUCCGAAAAUCAGGAACCACCAUUGCACCCAGGAGAGGGAGCGUCCCCAACAGAGGGAGCAUCCCUCGGUGAGGUGCCAUCUCUGAGAGCGGAAUUAUCAUCAGAAGAGACAAGCUUGGAAGAGGCAAGAAACCCGAGAGCAGCAACCUUCUCACCGGAGACAUCGCUGAUAGAAGCAACAGUCUCAGGAGAGGGAGAAUCCCGGAAAGACCCAACAUUCCCAGGAGAGCCAACAUCCCCAAGAGAGGGAAAAUCCCUCACAGAACCAACACCCCCAAGAGAGGGAAAAUCCCUCACAGAGCCAACAUCCCUCGGAGAUGCAACGUCCCCAGGAAAGGAAACCCCAAGAGAGGGAACAUCCCCAGAAGAGACAAAAAGCCCAGAACUGAAUACUUCCGAUAAACAGCUCAUAAAUCUGGAUCAGCAGAAAGAACUGGCACUCCCACAACCACCAGUACAGGUGUCGCCACCACCACUGCCUUUGCCGACAGCCAGUCCAGAAGCCAUCAGUUUCCUGGCUUCAAUCACUCUGGAGGAUCUGGCACUGACAUACUUCACCGAUUCUCUGGUGACGAUUUCUGAUACGGGGAAAGAGCUGGGUGAAUUUAUCAUUUCUAUUCACCCCACCUUCUACAAAGGAACGCAAUGUAUUAGUGUCGCUGCUAACAGCCAUGGCGCCAUUGACGACAUUCCCUGCGGAACAUCCAUCUCAGCCCACAUCUCCAGUAAACUUGAAACAAUGGAGCUACAUCACCAUGAAUAUAUAAAGCUGAAGGAUCACUCUCUGGUUAAGAAAACAUUAAUGAAAAAGGAACAAGAUGGUUAUGUCUUGACAAGGCACGUCACUAUGGGUGAGAACAUGAAGUCUGAGACUUUGAGCUUCAGCCUGACGGACAUGGAAGGCUUUGUGUCGGAAGCAAGUAAUCUGUUGCUUUUACGAAUUAUGGCCCGACGAAAUAAUGUCCCUGACAACAUGGUCUUCCUCUCGUUUGACACCGAAAUGCAACUUUCCACAUCCACAUAUUUGAAUCUGGGACCUAGAAUGUUGAUGAUUGGGAAAAGUGAGUGUGAGGUUCUUAGCAUCCAGAGAACGAUUCACUCAGAGGCAAGCUGUCCCAUGAGCUGGCAGUGCAGCUUCCUGCCGGAUGGACAUUUAACAAGCAGGGUGCAGGUGGGAUCUCCUAUUACAAUGAGGCUGAAACAACUACCUCAAAUCAGAGAAGCAGAUGUAGAAGAACCCAAACCAGUUUUUGAGAAGAAGCCACUGAACUGGGAGGAAGAUAUGCAACUAUACUUUAAAUUUAUCGACAGAACGGAAGCACUGAAAGCAGACUACAGCAGCUACAUCAGGCACCACCCAGAACUGAAGUGCAUGCUGGCCGACUUCCUGCAGUUCCUCCUCCUCAGGAAACCACAAGACGUUGUCACCUUUGCUGCGGAGUAUUUUUCCUCCUUCUCUGCCUUCCACAAAGAGCAAACACCUUUCCUGACCUCCAACAAGACAAGCCCCUUCAAAGAACCUUAA